UGAACCAUGAACCAUUAAUUCUCUCCCUAUCCAUCACUUACUCUCUCCAAUUCUCCCUCCAUCAACGCCACCAUGCUUUUUCUUUUCCUCUUCCUUCUAUGUUCCCUUCCCCACAUCGCAUUCUCAUCCCACUGCACGGUCGAAACAGCGACCAAAACGUUCCAAAAAUGCAUGAACCUCCCAACCCAACAAGCCUCCAUAGCAUGGACAUUCCACCCUCACAACACAACCUUGGAACUUGUCUUCUUUGGAAGCUUCAUUUCACCUUCUGGGUGGGUUGGAUGGGGCAUAAACCCCACAUCGCCGGAAAUGACAGGAACACGUGCAUUAAUAGCCUUCCCUGACCCAAACUCGGGCCAAAUAGUUCUUCUACCUUACAUCUUAGACCCCACAGUCAAGCUUCAAAAAUCUCCACUUCUCUCUCGCCCUCUUGACAUCCACCUCCUCUCCUCCACCGCCUCCAUGUACGGCGGAAAACUGGCCACCGUGCACAACGGCGCCACCAUCCAAAUCUACGGCACCAUGAAACUGCAAACGAACAAAACGAAGAUCCACCUUGUUUGGAACAGGGGACUUUACGUGCAGGGCUACUCCCCCACCAUUCAUCCAACCACCUCCACCGACCUGUCUUCCAUUGCCACCUUUGACGUGUUGUCGGGAUCCUCUGCUCCUCAGCACACGGAUCUCACUAUGCUGAGAGUGAUCCAUGGCACCCUCAACGCCAUCUCCUGGGGCCUUCUCUUACCCAUCGGAGCCAUCACCGCACGCUACCUUCGCCACAUUCAAGCACUCGGACCCGCAUGGUUCUAUGCUCAUGCAGGAGUUCAACUGUUUGGUUUCGUUCUGGGGACGGUGGGGUUUGGCAUCGGAAUUCGGCUGGGGCAACUGUCGCCGGGAGUGGAGUACAGGCUUCACCGGAAGCUUGGAAUCGGAGUGUUCUGCUUAGGGGCGUUGCAGACUCUGGCACUGUUGUUUAGGCCAAACACAAGGAACAAGUUCAGAAAGUACUGGAAAUCGUACCACCACUUUGUAGGGUACUCGUGUGUGGUGCUUGGGUUUGUGAAUGUCUUUCAAGGAUUUGAGGUGAUGGGUGCAAGCAGGUCCUACGCCAAGUUGACCUAUUGCCUAGGACUCUCUACUCUCAUUGGCCUUUGCAUUGCUUUGGAGGUCAAUUCUUGGGUCGUUUUCUGCAGAAAAUCCAAGGAAGAUAAGAUGAGGAGAGAAGGGUUCAUUGCAACUUCUCACAAAGGAACUUCAUCUGCCAUUCACAAUUAACGUUACUAUUUCAUUUCAACUUUUUACUCAAUUUUUUCUAUCCAAAUCCAAUGAUUUUGAUUCAUACAUACGUACACACCAUUGCCAUUU